UCGGUGCUGGCACAAGAUCGCGUGCCGCCAACACACCUCACUCAAGACUUGGCGACAAACCAACAACUAACCAGCUUUCUUCACCUCCUCUAGUCUAGUGUAAAACACACUGCAGUCAAUCGAACCUUUUUUCUUCAACAAAUGACAUAGGAGAAAACACAAUUCUCCAUCGUUGACUAUUCAGUGCUCGGACUUAUUGAAUCGGAUACUUAUUGAACUGAUCACCCAUUUCUACAGUGCCAGCUGAUCCAAGUUAAUAAUCCAAGUUUUUCUGCCACCAAACAUGGCCAGAAGCCUGUUGUACACCUGCCUCUUGCUAGCCUCCUUUUCCAUAACCAAAACAAAAGGUGAGAUAGUGUCCUCAUGUUUUGGUGUAAACAAGACAAUCAACUUUGACUGUGGUGUGGGCAACAUGGUACACAUCACCCGAACAUUCUAUGGCUUUAAUCCUAAUGGCCAAUGCCGCCUCAUUGAAGGGGAAGCAGGUGUUGAAUGUACUUUGGAUGAACAUGCAGAAUAUUCCUGUGUUGGACAGCAGUCAUGUAGCAUUAAUCUGCCAAGUGGGCAAUGGGGAGUGAGCAUAGCAGCUUGUGGUCAAAGGAGCAAUUACUUUCAAGUUGAAUAUACCUGUGUACCAGUUAGUUCAGUCACCAACAUUUGCAACCAGCAGAAAUUAACCGCACAGAGUGGCUACAUUAUGACCCCACGUUAUCCAUCUAAAUAUAUUGACCAGAAGGAAUGUUCGACAACAAUCCUGGUCCAUCCAUCGCAGAAGCUGAACCUACACAUAAUUGAGAUGGAUCUUGAGCCAAGAGGCCGCACAGACUGUGCUGAUCUUCUUUAUUUCAAUGACAAACUGCGCAGCAUAACGCUAUGUGGACAACGCACUAACAACAGCUACAGCAUGCACUCAAACUUCCUAACCAUUCAACUUCAAUCCAGCAGUGGUGGCCUCAGUAAAGGCUUUUGGCUUUAUUAUGAAGCUGUCCCACCACUUCCAACAUCCUUGACCCCUCCACCAGUAGCUCAACAAAAAGUAACAGCAGCAGAUGAAACACAAAAUGAUUCCUCUGAUGUUAAAGUUGGUGAACCCAAACAAAUCAAUGAAAGUGGCCAACAGUCUCUAUUUAUGACCACCCUUAAAACUCAGUCUCGUACUACAGUCCCCAUGUACUCUGUAUCUAAAAAUUCUGGAAAACAGUUGCCAUUUGCUGCCAUUGCUGGUGGAGUCAUUGGUACACUGAGCUUGAUACUUGUUCUUCUUUUGCUGUUAUUAUUCAUUAAAUGGUGCAAAGAAAGAAAAUACAACAAAGCUGAAAAGAUUCUGGAGAUAAGAAAUCCAGCAUUCCGAAGUAGCAACGACUUUCAUGAAAACCAAUCUAACAAUGGUUAUUACUGUUGAAGAGACCAUUCAACUGAAAGCUAUGAUGACUAUGAGGCACCAGAAGACAACUGUUAGCCAAUUAGAUUGACACCAGUUCAGUAACUGCACGGCUGUGAAACUUGGUAACCAAAGAAAAAACCUGAGCUGAAGCUGAACACGGCUAAAACAUCAACAGCCCCAACUCAUUUUCUCUCUCUACAGUCAGUUGAUACUUUAAGGAAAGCCAAGAGUAAUUUUAAGUUGGCUACAUACAAUUCAUGCAUAAACUUCAUAUAAGAGUUUUCCCCCCACUAAUGUACAAGGAAACUAUCCAGUUCCCCAGAAAUCUGGGUUGCCACAAACUCAUUUUUUUGUCAAGAGAAUUACAGCACUGCUUCAUGAAGGAGGAAGCAACAGCAGCAUUUCCACAUUCCAUUGCUGCACAUGGACUAUAAAGAUGUUUGUUGGAGGUCAUUUAGAAGAUAAGAAAAUGGCAAAAAGUGAAGUCUAAACUAUGGCCAGCAGCAGACAAGUGGAGAUAACCUACAUGUGUUAGAUUAUUUGCUUCAUGGUCUCUACAUUUUUGUAUAGGAUCAACCAAGCAUGGUAUUUAUUUAUUUUAAUGAUAAUUGUUGUCACUAUUUAUACUUUAAUUUAUUUGUAAAUAGUUUUAAAUAUUUUAAUUGCAUAAAUUAUAUUUGAUUUGUACAUUAAUUUCUACAUUGUUUUAUGAAAUCAAUAAAACGAUGCAGGGUAAGCAACAGAAAUUUUGAAUCAGAAUAUCAAUGAUUUUAAUUAGGCAUAAUCUAUAUUGAUGGUUGAUUUUUAAAAGCAGAUCUUAAUCAAAAAUGUUUUAUUAAAGAGUAAUGAAAAAACUAGUAGUAUAUAAAACAAUUGACAAUUAGAGUCAACAAAUGAUCUCACACAUUAUGUUUAUAGAGCAAAAUUGAUUAUUUUGUCUUAUUUCUUUUUGUACAAUACUGUAUAAAUGUUUUUUUGUUAAUCUUUUUCACCAAAUCUAGUCAUAUCAAAAAGAAAAUGUAUAAUGAAAAUCUUGUUUAUAUUCAUGUGGGAUAAUUUGACAUAUACAGUUUUGAAAUAUUUUGUUUGUUGCACAAUUUAUGCUGUGGGUUAGCUUCCACAAAUAAUCUCUACAAUUAGGGUAAGUAAAUGAUGUGGUAAAUAAUGUAUGAUAAGUGCUUGUUAAAAUAACAAAGAAAUGUGUAGGAACUGGGAAUAUCUUAACAUUGCUGUUUGAACCUGAAAUUG